AUGGACAAUUUUCAAGAAAAUAACAUAAUCUCAACCGAUUUGGAUUUGUGCAUAAACGCAGAACAACAUAUCGCAGACAUCAACGAUAUUCAUUUAACACCGAACAAACUAGCAUUGUUACAAACCGUGGGCGACACGGUCGAAUCUGCACGUUGUUUACAAAGUGCUCUGCAGCCCUCAGUUCAAAGACGUAAACCUGGAAGAUUUGAGAUAACUGGAAAAAAUGUCGUCCGUGUGGAGAACAAUACGACGAUGCAGGUAGUAUCAAGUAGAAACAAGAACGUGGUAAUGCAUUAUGGUAGAGUAUUUCUCUGGAACGCUUGA